AUGUUUGCUGCCGCUCCGGCUCAGUCUAGUUCCUUUGGUCAGGCUGCUUCCAUCGGCCAGGCUACGUCGGCUGCCUUCAGUCAGGCGCAGCCUACCUCCUCCGUCGCCAUGGCGUAUGCCCAGGUCCCGACCUGGAGUACGCACCGCACCCCCACGGUGCUGGAGGCGAUGCUCGCCAACCCCCGUGGUCCGCCAUCGGGGUACCAUCGAGUCACUUUUUGGAAGGCCUUGAAUAUGGGUGCAAACCCGUUUUCAGCGACGGUGCCCUUUUGGUACGGCCACGGGCCAGUGACGAUGCUGGAUGUCGAGAUUGACGAGAGGAGGAUGAAGGCGGGGUGCUGA